AUGUCUGAUAAACAAAAAAUUGAAGCUUUGAAUUAUAUUACAAGAGAUCCAGCUAUCUCAAUCAGUUUCCGUGCUUGGAAGCUGUAUGAGUAUCCUCUAUUACCAAAUACUUCGAAGCAUAUUUGGGCAGUCAAAACUUCUACGCAGCUCGAGAAACCACGUUUUGUCAUUCUUGGAUUUCAAACAGCAAGAAAAAAUGACGCAACUAAAAAAGCCAGCGGAUUUGAUCACUGCAACAUCAGAGAUAUAAAAUUAUUUUUAAACUCUCAGAGUUAUCCUUAUGGGAAUUUGAAUCUCAACAUUGCAAACAAUCAAUAUGCUCUGUUGUACGACAUGUAUAUAAAUUUCCAAAUUUCAUACUACAACAAAGAACCUGAGCCACUGCUGACAAAGAAAAAAUUUUUGGAACAAGCACCACUGUAUGUUAUCGAUUGCUCGAAACAAAACGAAUCAAUUAAAUCUGGACCAGUGGACAUUCGCCUGGAAUUUGAAUCUGCAAAUCAAUUUCCUGCGCAGACAUCAGCUUAUUGCCUCAUUAUACAUGAUCGCAUAGUCGAGUAUAAUCCUAUAAGCAGCAUCAUACGAAAACUUAUAUGA